ACGCGCCCCCAAACUCCCUGAACUUCAGGGGCGGCCCCCGAAGCGGCGAAACUCUCAGGGACCCCCACCCCGGGCGGCGCCCCUCGACGACCUCCCCGCGCCAAACCCCCUGCCGGCCAGUGCCUGCCCUCCGAGGGCCUCGGGGUGGGGGGGCCCGGCCGGAGCUGACCGGCCCCAGCCCCGCGCCAGGCCACGAUGCUCAUGAGGAAAGUGCCCGUCUUCGUCCCGGCCUCCCCGUGGGGGCUGCGGCUGCCGCAGAAGUUCCUCUUCCUUCUCUUCCUCUCGGGCCUCGUCACCCUGUGCUUCGGGGCGCUUUUCCUGCUGCCCAACUCCUCUCGCCUCAAGCGCCUCUUCCUGGCCCCCCGGACCCAGCAGCCCGGCCUGGAGGUGGUGGCCGAAGUCGCCGGCCACCCCCUGGCCCGCGAGCAGGAGUCGCCUCCCAACCCGGCCCCCGCCGUGCCAGCCCCGGGUGAGGAAGACGCCAGCAGCCAAGCCAAUGCCCGGCGCCGGAAAGGGUGGCUGCGGCGCACCCACCCCACCGGGACGCGCGAAAUGGCCACGGCGGCCCGGAGCAGCGGCAGCGCGGCCCUCAGACCCCAGGAGCCGAGCAUUCCGUUUAGCUUUGACUUCCACGCGUUCCAGAGCCGCCUCCGGCACCCGGUCCUGGGGACUAGGGCGGAUGAGAGUAAGGAGCCCCAGAGCCUAGUUCGAGCCCAGCGGGAGAAAAUCAAGGAGAUGAUGCAGUUUGCCUGGCAGAGCUACAAGCGUUACGCGAUGGGGAAAAACGAGCUCCGGCCACUCACGAAAGACGGCUACGAGGGCAGCAUGUUUGGAGGCCUCAGCGGGGCAACCAUCAUUGACUCCCUAGACACCCUCUACCUCAUGCAGCUGCAGGACGAGUUCCAGGAGGCCAAGGCUUGGGUUGAAGAGAACUUCCACCUGAACGUGAGUGGAGAAGCAUCCUUGUUUGAGGUGAACAUCCGGUACAUCGGGGGACUCCUCUCAGCCUUCUACCUGACGGGAGAAGAGGUGUUCCGAAUCAAGGCCAUCAAGCUGGGAGAGAAACUCCUGCCCGCCUUCAACACCCCCACGGGAAUCCCAAAAGGUGUUGUGAACUUCAAAAGCUCCAACAGGAGCUGGGGCUGGGCCAUGGCAGGGAGCAGCAGCAUCCUGGCGGAGUUCGGGUCCUUGCACUUGGAGUUCUUACACCUCACCGAGCUCUCUGGCAACCAGGUGUUCGCAGAAAAGGUCAGGAACAUCCGGAAGGUCCUCAGGAAGAUUGACAAGCCCUUCGGCCUCUACCCCAACUUCCUCAGCCCAGUGAGCGGAAACUGGAUGCAACACCACGUCUCGGUUGGAGGACUCGGGGACAGUUUUUAUGAAUAUUUGAUCAAAUCCUGGUUGAUGUCGGCCAAGACAGAUGUGGAGGCUAAAGAUAUGUACUAUGAAGCCUUGGAGGCAAUAGAGACCCACCUGCUGAAUGUCUCUCCUGGGGGGCUGACCUACAUUGCCGAGUGGCGAGGGGGGAUUCUGGACCACAAGAUGGGGCACCUGGCCUGUUUCUCCGGGGGCAUGAUCGCCCUUGGCGCUGAGGAUGCCAAGGAAGAAAAGAGGGCCCGCUACCGAGAGCUCGCAGCCCAGAUCACCAAGACGUGCCACGAAUCGUACGCCCGCUCAGAUACCAAACUGGGGCCCGAGGCCUUCUGGUUUAACUCUGGCAGAGAGGCAGUGGCCACACAGCUGAGCGAGAGCUACUACAUCCUGCGGCCUGAGGUGGUGGAGAGUUACAUGUACCUGUGGCGACAGACCCACGACCCCAUCUACAGGGAGUGGGGCUGGGAAGUGGUGACGGCCCUGGAGAAAUACUGUCGAACAGAAGCCGGUUUCUCCGGGAUCCAAGACGUGUACAGUAGCAUUCCCAACCACGACAACAAACAGCAGACCUUCUUUCUAGCGGAGACACUAAAGUAUCUCUAUCUUCUGUUCUCUGAAGACGAUGUGCUCUCCCUGGAAGACUGGGUGUUCAACACGGAGGCCCACCCCCUCCCCGUGAACCACUCGGACAGCCCCGGCAGGGGCGGGGGCCAACUCUGACCCCACCUCCCUGCCGCUCCCGGGGGCCGGGGCCCGGAGGGUCUCCUUGCCUUUUCAGGACUUGGGACUGUUCUCAAAGGGAUUGGGAACGUAGGCCCCAUUCUGGGCAGACCCAGGGCACAGGUGUCGGACCAGCAACUUCCUUUCCUCUGUGAGGAGACAGGACUUGGAGACGCAGCAAAUGUCGCACCAGGCCCAGACUUUCCUUCCUAUGGAGAAUUUCUAUGAAACCCACUCACUUGCCAUCCCAGGGCCCAAUGACUGGAGGUCUGCCUAUUGUCGCCAUGUAUUUGGGUCACUUCCGUUCAUGUGGGGAGGGUUUUUUUUUAAUUUGUUUUGCUUGAUUUUGCCUUUUCUCUGCAGUUGUGUUUUAUCACAAAUUAUAUGCUUUCAAAAUCAUGUGCUUUCACACGCAGUAUCGUCUUGAUGAACUAAACCUUAAAGUGUUUGCAGACACAAACCUUGACCCUGUUUUCUAUAUUUUAAAUGCCUUUUGCCCAACACGUACUAUACGUUCAACUAUGUGGCAUUUACCUUAUAAUUUGAGGAGGCGCUGCCUUUUGAUUUGGGCCUAAAUGUUAACGAAUCACUAGUGCUAUUUUCAUUAUUGUAAUGGAAAAAUCUGUAAACUUACAAUAAAAGAGUUUAUUGAAUAAGAAA